AUGCAGAACGGAACCACAAAUGGAACAGAAUAUUUUGACUUAAAGGAUAUGCCGCAUAUCAUUAAAGCAUUAGACAGAAAUCAAAAAUUACAACCUGAUAUUCUACAUUUAAUCGGUAACACUCCAUUGGUCAAAUUGAAUAAAAUACCAAAACAAGAAGGAUUAGAAUGUGAUAUGUAUGCAAAAUGUGAGUAUUUGAACCCAGGUGGUUCAGUGAAGGAUCGCAUAGCAUACAGAAUGGUGUUAGAUGCUGAAGAAAAAUGUAUACUCAAACCUGGAAAAUCUGUUAUAAUAGAACCUACUUCAGGGAACACUGGGAUUGGUCUAGCACUUGCUGCUGCUGUAAAAGGGUAUAGAUGUAUUAUUGUACUGCCCGAAAAAAUGUCUGAUGAGAAGGUAAACACUUUAAUGGCAUUGGGUGCAGAAAUUGUCCGGACUCCCACAGAAGCUGCUUCUCAUGACCCUGAUAGCAAUUUAAUGGUUGCUCGUCGGCUCACUAAAGAAAUCCCAGAUGCUGUCAUGUUAGACCAGUACAACAAUGUAUGCAACCCCUUGGCUCAUUACGAUGGAACAGCUGAAGAAAUUCUAUGGUCACUGGACGACGACGUAGACAUGGUUGUCAUAGGGGCAGGCACCUGCGGCACUGUGUCAGGCAUCGGUCACAAGAUUAAGGAGCGCUGUCCGAAAUGCAUCAUUGUAGGAGUUGAUCCUUUCGGCUCUAUUUUGGCAGAACCUGAAGAAAUUAAUAAGAGCGACGUACAAAUGUAUGAGGUGGAAGGUAUUGGUUAUGAUUUCUUACCAAAAGUCUUAGACAGAAAGAUCAUAGACCGAUGGGUGAAGACGGCCGACAAAGAAUCCCUAAAUAUGUCCCGUCGACUUAUAAGAGAGGAGGGAUUGCUUUGCGGUGGAAGUAGCGGUGCAGUAAUGUGGGCGGCAACGCAGGCGGCCAAGUCCCUGAAGGCAGGGCAGAAGUGCGUAGUAAUACUGCCCGACAACAUCCGCAACUAUAUGACCAAGUUCAUCUCCGACCAGUGGAUGGAGGCGCGUGGCUUCAAGCCGGUCAUCAAGCACGACAAACUGCCGUGGUGGAAUGUGGUCCUUACAAAAAACAUGAUCCAACCAAUUACAUGUAUAUCGCACAAAUCAACGACGCACGAAGCACUCGAGGCGCUUAAGAAGUCCGCGGCACCAGUUCUGAGUAUCGUGGACGACGAAGGAGGGAUAUGUGGUGUGUUCACCGCAGACAAUGCUCGUAAGCGGUUGGCAAACAUGGCCGCCUCAACUUCUGAAGACCUAAGCCAAUUCAUCGUCAAAAAAUACUACACAGUGGACGUUACUCAAGCUCCUGCUCUGGGCCUUGUAUCGCGUAUGCUGGAUAUUUCGCCAUUUGUCGUCAUCGUUGAAUCAGUAUACUCUACGAGGAAACCUAUAGGCGUUUUAACAUCAGAAGAUCUACUGCAACUGAUAACUGACAAAAGCUUAAACCUUAACUGUUCAUAA